UUGCUUCAACUCUCGCCAGCCAUGGCCUAUAAUCGGUUGGGCGCAAAUGGUUCGGGACAAUCCUUGCACAGCCUUGAAGGCGAUUGCUGACGUUUGCGCGCAGGCAGCCCUCACCGAGACGGCCCUCUUUCUCCGAUCUCUCACCCUCAUUACGACUCGAGAUCACCCUCACCUGGACGGCCUCUACAGGAAUCGUACCCCAGACAGCCAAUGCAUCUACAGAUGCCUACAGCUUCCAAUGACCGUCUGGCUAUGCAACCGACCUACUCGGUUGAGAACAUAAACAAUUCGCAAGGACACAACCAGCAGUAUGAACAACAAUUUGCCCCUGACGGAGAUAUGGGUUAUGGAAGAAAUGACUACGUUGUGUCUCCGGAAGAUCAUCAUGACGCCUACUACACCCGACCUUACUCCCCUCACCCACCGGGCGACUAUGCGCUCGAUCCAUAUCCCACCCCAGGCGAACCCUACCGAAAUGAAAAUGAUACCGUGCCGAUGAUACAGCCAGACUCUGCCUACGGGCCCAAUCCGUACGCUGCGCCGGCGUCGGACUACGACGGUUAUAAUGAUGAGCCACGUCCAACCCCGUCGCCCGCACCCAUACGAAGAUGGAAGACGGUGAAAGAGGUACAAUUGUUUGAUGGUAAUCUUGUGCUGGACUGCCCGGUGCCGCCGAAACUGUUGGCCAGCGUACCGCAUGCGCAACCACCUGAGAGAGACGAGUUCACACACAUGCGUUAUUCGGCAGCGACCUGUGACCCCAAAGAUUUCUACAAUGAACGAUUUACCCUCCGACAGCGGCUCUUUGCAAAGCCAAGACAGACCGAACUUUUCAUCGUCGUCACCAUGUACAACGAAGACGAAUUUCUGUUCGCUCGAACCAUGACGGGCGUCUUCAAGAAUAUCGAGUUCAUGUGCAACCGUGGCAGCAGCAAGACUUGGGGCAAGGAAGCCUGGAAGAAGAUCGUGGUUUGCAUCGUUAGCGAUGGGCGUGCUAAGAUCAACCCGAGAACAAGGGCUGUCUUAGCAGGUCUCGGAGUAUAUCAAGAUGGUAUCGCCAAGCAACAAGUCAAUGGGAAAGACGUCACAGCUCAUAUUUACGAGUACACGACGCAGGUGGGUCUCGAGAUCAAGGGCACACAAGUCUCAUUGAAGCCUAGAUCUGCUACACCUGUGCAGCUACUGUUUUGUCUCAAAGAGAAGAACCAGAAAAAGAUCAACUCGCAUCGGUGGUUCUUCCAAGCGUUCGGUCGCGUCUUGGAUCCCAACAUCUGUGUCCUCAUCGACGCCGGAACGAAGCCCGGAAAGGAUUCAAUCUAUCAACUGUGGAAAGCUUUCGACUUGGAGCCAAUGUGUGGCGGCGCAUGUGGUGAAAUCAAGGUCAUGUUGGAUCAUGGCAAGAAGCUUUACAAUCCCCUGGUCGCGACGCAAAACUUCGAAUACAAGAUGUCGAAUAUCUUGGAUAAGCCGCUCGAAUCAGCCUUUGGCUUCAUCUCCGUGCUUCCAGGUGCUUUCUCAGCUUAUCGCUAUGUCGCUCUACAGAACGACAAGAAUGGACACGGCCCAUUAGAACGCUACUUCGCGGGAGAGUUUAUGCACGCCGAAGCCGGAGUGUUCACGGCCAAUAUGUACCUCGCCGAAGAUCGUAUCCUUUGUUUCGAACUGGUCAGCAAGCGCAAUUGCCGAUGGAUCCUACAAUACGUCAAAUCCGCCACUGGCGAGACUGAUGUUCCCGACGGUAUUGCCGAGUUUGUGCUACAGAGAAGACGUUGGCUGAACGGUUCCUUUUUUGCCGCGGUGUAUGCUGUUGCACACGUUUACCAGCUCUUCCGGAGUGAUCAUUCUGCCAUUCGCAAAUUCAUGUUCUUAAUCGAGUUUACUUAUCAGACCAUCAACAUGGUCUUCGCUUGGUUCGCUAUUGGCAACUUCUUCUUGGUCUUUCGACUUCUCACCGCAUCAUUGGGCGGUUCAGGGCCCCUUGGAACUGCAGGCACAAUCCUUGGGGUGGUAUUCGAGUUCAUUUAUUUGGGUACCCUCCUAUACUGUUUCAUCCUGUCCAUGGGCAAUCGACCUACGGGCGCAAAGAAGUCCUACUUGAUGAUGGUCAUCUUCUGGUCCAUCCUCAUGUGUUGGUUGACCUUUGCCUCGAUCUUCCUUACUGUCAGAUCCAUCGAGACCGAGGUCGAAGAAAAGGACUUUAGCAUCUCGACCAUCUUCAAUAAUAGCACGUUUUUCGGCCUUAUCGUGUCGCUGGCAAGCACAUAUGUGCUGUGGUUUGUGGCAAGCUUUUUGUUUUUCGACCCUUGGCAUAUGUUUACAUGCUUUAUUCAGUACAUCGUGCUGACUCCGACCUACAUCAAUGUCCUCAAUAUCUAUGCCUUUUGCAACACUCACGAUAUCACUUGGGGAACCAAGGGAGAUGACAAAGCUGAGAAACUGCAGAGUGUGAACGUCAAGGCAGAUGGAAAGGUCGAGGUCAUGAUUCCCCAGGAUGACGGUGAUCUCAAUGCCCAGUACGAUACAGAACUGAAGGUGUUCUCUCAAAAAGCUGUCAAAGAGGUCAAGCCACCAAAUCCGGCCGAAAAGCAAGAAGACUAUUACAAAUCUUUCCGCAGCAAUGUGGUUACUGCGUGGAUGAUUACCAAUUUUAUCUUAGUGGCGGCAGUCUUGAACACUGCCGGCUUUGAUAGGAUCAAUGUCAAGGACACCGAGCAGCAAAACUCCACUAUCUAUCUGGCCGUCAUCCUCUGGUCGGUGGCCGGGUUGUCCCUGUUCAGGUUCGUUGGUGCAUGUUGGUUCUUGGUCGUAAGAAUAUUCCGCGGUGUAUGAUAGUCCUACAAGCAGAAUGACUGAUGAGUAAUGAAAAUGCUUUUGCACAAAAUGGACGAUCCAUAGUCCUGGCGUUUUUGAGCUCCGACACAGAAUGCUGUAUAUCGUUGGCAAGAGCGUUUUGAAUGGCGUCAUACCCUUGUUGAUGUAACAAAAAGGUCGUGAGCUAGUUUUGAUGAUUUGGAAACACUUGGCUCUCGCUUCAGGGCAAAAAGCAGUCUAUGUAUAAACACAACA